AUGGUGCCAUACGAGACCGCCGCGAUUCCAAUCGCCAACCCGCCGGCGACUUCGUCCUCCACCACCACCACCACCACCAUCUCCAAGCCGCCCGAAAUCGACGGCCUCCUCGCCGGAGCCGGGUACAAGGUCCGCUCCUCCGACCUCCGCCACGUCGCCCAGCGGCUCGAGCGGCUCGAGACCGCCAUGCUCAACUCGCCGUCCCAGCACCUCUCCCUCCUCGCCUCCGACGCCGUCCUCUACAACCCUUCCGAUCUCUCCACCUGGGUCGACUCGCUGCUCUCCGAGCUCAACCAGUCUCAAUCCCUCCCUUCUCUGCCGUCCGAUCUCUCAGAUCUCGUUUCCAAUCCGACGGCUCUCGAUGGCUCCUGGAUGGACCAACAACUUCCGCCGCCGACGGCGGCGAUUCACAAUCAGCAACCUUCGCAAUUGACGGUGGUGGAAGAGGAUUCCGGGAUAAGGCUGGUCCAUAUGCUGAUGACGUGUGCCGAGUACGUCCAACGUGGCGAGCUCUCAUUGGCCGGGUCGUUGAUCCAGGAUAUGCAGUCCCUGUUGACCCGGGUCAACACGGGUUGCGGCAUCGGGAAAGUCGCCGGGUGCUUCAUCGACGCGCUGAGCCGCCGCGUGUUUGCCGCCGGCGGCGGCGGCGGCAUCCCUGGCUCGGCUUACGAGACCGAGAUUCUCUACCACCAUUUCUACGAGGCCUGCCCGUACCUAAAGUUCGCGCACUUCACGGCCAACCAGGCGAUCUUGGAAGCAUUCGACGGCCACGAUUGCGUCCACGUGGUGGACUUCAACCUGAUGCACGGGCUCCAGUGGCCGGCCCUGAUCCAGGCCCUGGCCUUACGGCCCGGUGGGCCGCCAACCCUCCGGCUCACGGGGAUCGGCCCACCAUCACCCGACGGCCGCGACUCGCUCCGCGAGAUCGGCCUCAGGCUCGCGGAGCUCGCCCGGUCCGUCAACGUCCGGUUCGCGUUCCGCGGCGUCGCGGCAUCCCGGCUCGAGGACGUCAAGCCGUGGAUGCUGCAGGUGAACCCGAAGGAGGCCGUGGCGGUCAACUCCAUCAUGCAGCUCCACAAGCUGCUUGCUGGGCCGGGUCUCGACCCGGCCCACCGGCCCGCACCGAUCGAGGCGGUCCUGGGCUGGAUCCGGUCCCUUAACCCGAAAAUCGUGACCGUGGUCGAGCACGAGGCGGACCACAACCAGCCCGGGUUCCUCGACCGGUUCACCGAAUCGCUGUACUACUACUCGACGAUGUUCGAUUCGCUCGACGCCUGCGCCCUCCAGCCGGAGAAGGCGCUGGCGGAGAUGUACAUUCAGCGGGAGAUUUGCAACGUGGUGAGCUGCGAGGGGCCGGCCCGGCUCGAGCGGCACGAGCCGCUGGCCAGGUGGAGGGAGCGGCUCGGUCGGGCCGGGUUCCGGCCGCUGCAUUUGGGUUCGAACGCGUUCAAGCAGGCGAGCAUGUUGCUGACUCUGUUCUCCGCCGAGGGGUAUUGUGUCGAGGAGAACGAAGGUUGUUUGACUCUCGGGUGGCACAGCCGGCCGCUCAUCGCCGCCUCCGCUUGGCACGCGCUGCCGGAAACCGCCGCCGUUUCUCCCGAUGUCGCGGUGGUUGGUGGCGCUGUGAUGUAA